UUUCCAUGGAGCCGAGAGAAGCUCAGCGCUGGAUUAGCUCGGAGCUCUUUCUUUAGUUGUUUUUGUAGUUUUUUAAAGCUUUUAUGAUGCCAGGACUACAAAACAGAGACAACAUGGAGACUCUGUUUUCAUUCGAGCUCUUAGUGGAACACAUCAGACUUCAUAAACCGGGUACAGUGUCAGACCAGCUGGCUGUGGGGGUCCGACUGCUGGACUUCCCGACGCUGCUGAUCUAUCAGCCUCCACAGAGCAGAGAGGAGGACCAGCAAGAACACGUGUUCAACAGAGGGAAGUGCUGCUUCUUCAACAUGGGGCUGAGCUCUCUGCAGACCCUGCUGUCCAGCACUCCUCUGUACGCCAUGGUGCUGGAUGUGAAGGAGGACCUCCCUAAGCUGGUGGGGACCUCUCUGCUGUCUCUGCACAAAGUGAUGAAGAGGAUCAGGCAGGAUGUGACCGAACACGGCGUCUCUGCUGCCUCAUCUCACGGAGAGCGAGGGAUCAUCAGCGUCUGCAGCCUCAGCGGGGAGAGGAUCGGAUCCAUGUCUCUGAGUUAUAAACUCCAGAGUCUGGGAGGGAACGUGCUGCAGGAUCCAUCAGGAGGGACCGUGCUGCAGGAUCCAUCAGGAGGGACCGUGCUGCAGGAUCCAUCAGGAGGGACCGUGCUGCAGGAUCCAUCAGGAGGGACCGUGCUGCAGCGUGCAACAGGAGGGACCGUGCUGCAGGAUCCAUCAGGAGGGACCGUGCUGCAGGAUCCAUCAGGAGGGACCGUGCUGCAGCGUGCAACAGGAGGGACCGUGCUACAGCGUGCAACAGGAGGGACCGUGUUGCAGGAUCCAUCAGGAGGGACCGUGCUGCAGGAUUCAUCAGGAGGGACCGUGCUGCAGGAUCCAUCAGGAGGGACUGAGAGCAGUAUGCAGGGAAACAUACCUGCAGGAUUACUCCCUCCUGAUUGUGGGGAGGCAUUCUCAUCCAUGCAGGAGAAAUCUGAUCUCUGCAGAAACCAAACAUCCCAGGAGGACACCAUGCAGAAUGAAGAGGAACAGGAGAGCGGUGUGUGUGCUGACAUGCAGACUGAAGGAAAGAGGAGAAAACAAACACCUGAGGGAUUCAAAGAGAGUAACUAUGAAGACACAUUCUGUCCUCCACAUCUGUUCUUCUGUAACUCUGCAGAGGAGAGGAGCAGAACUGAACGAGGCGAUCACACAUCCCCCGAUCUCAACUCUCCAUUUGAAGACUCGUCCUCAGAGGAAGGAGAUAAAGGUGAAGGUGUGACUCCUCCUCCUGCUGCGACCGCACAGAGAGGAAAACAGGACGCAGAAACACGAGGAGCACGCGGUGUGACGCCAAACAUCCUCGGGGAGGCCGUGCAGCAGUUGCCUCUGUUGAACGCUCUUCUGGUGGAGCUGUCACAGCUGAACGGGCCGAGUCCUCGGCAGCCGCUCUCCAUUCAUCCGAAUCUAUCCUGGAUUUACCGACCUGCGUCUGCAGAGCCGUCACAGAACACGAGGCGUGGGAUCAGCCCGGCUCUAAAGCCUUUACAGUCCCCGAGAAACUGCUCCACACCUUUAAGGAAGCUCGCAGCGUCAGGAGGGAAAGACAGAGACAGCACGUCUCCAAGGAAGAAGCUGGUCUUCGGUUCAACUAAGACAUUCAAUCUCAGGAUGAAGAACAUCUCUCCUGAUAGAGCGAGACGGAGAGAAUGCAUGGAGUUGAUACAGAAUAAAACUCAGCCAGGUGUGUCUCAGGGGAAGAGAAGGUCAGGGAAGAAGGUCAGCAAGAGGAAACCAGAUUUAAAGGCGGCCUGGAGUCUGAAUGAAAACAUCCAGACUGCCGUAGAGAGCAUGAAGGAGGACUCUGCUCUCAGAGAGACUGUCACUCUCAAUCAGAAAUCUCACAGCAAACAAGACAAACGCUCUCCAGGAAACUCAGAGAAAGAACCCCUCUCUUUGCUUAUCCACAUCCCCACGGAGGAGAGAGACAUUCCUCCCAGAAACAAAGACGAGAGCGAGCAUCAGAGCGAAUCAAAUCAAUCCCAGUCUGACGGAGACGCAGAGGACGCUCAGUCGUCUGCAGGCAGCAGCAGCUCCAAAUCUUCAGUUUCAGGCUCUGCUGGUGAGGGAGGCGAGGAGGAGGAGGACUACGCUGAUGACUUUAACAGCCUGGAGCUCAGUGACGCUUACUCUCCUGACCCCGUGAGCAGCCCCGAGUCCUCCAGAGCCAAGACCCCAAAGCCUCCGGCCCGCCUCCCCUCUGACUCAGGAUCUGAGGGAGUCCGCAGGAGAGCGGCCCUCCCCGUGCCCGUCAGAGCUCCCAGCUCUCCUCCACAUCACGCUCUGAUGGGGACCCACAUCAUCCGACCCCGAACCCGGGCCUCAGCCCUCAGCUUCUCCUCCUCUGACGCUGACAGAGACACGUCAGCUUCCUUACAGACUGUGCUCUCCAGGAAACUCACCAGAGAGAGCAGCGGAGGGGAGAGGAGCUCUGGCACUGACAGUUUAAUAUCAUCACAAGGUCAGAGGAGCGAGGGGAGCAGGGGUAGCAGGGCGGCUCGAGGUGUUUCUGCAGAGUCAGUGUCGUCUUAUGAACCUCAGGGAGAAGACGAGGACGAGGAUCAGCUCGGAUCACUGGACUUCAGAAAGGAGUAUCAGCACAUCUCUCAGCUGGUGGCUAACAAACUCCCUGGAUACACCAUGUGAUGAUUACAUAGGAUCCCAGUGUGUCAGUGUCCCUGUUAGUAUAAGCCUAUAGUAGUCUAAGUCUAAAACAGACUGAGACUAUAGCAGACCAGACUUAUAGCAGACUGAGCCUAUUAUAGUCCAAGCCUAUAGCUGUCUGAGCCUAUAGCAGCCGGAGUCUAUAGCAGUCUGAGUCUAUAGCAGUCUAAGUCUAUAGCAGUCUAAGUCUAUAGCAGUCUAAGCCUAUAGCAGUCUAAGUCUAUAGCAGUCUGAGUCUAUAGCAGUCUGAGUCUAUAGCAGUCUAAGCCUAUAGUAGUCUAAGUCUAAAACAGACUGAGCCUAUAGUAGUCUAAGCCUAUAGCAGUCUAAGCCUAUAACAGUCUAAGCCUAUAGCAGUCUAAGUCUAUAGCAGUCGGAGUCUAUAGCAGUCUAAGACUAGCAGUCUGAGUCUACAGCAGUCUAAGCCUAUAGUAGUCUAAGCCUAUAGCAGUCUAAGACUAUAGCAGUCUAAGUCUAUAGCAGUCGGAGUCUAUAGCAGUCUGAGUCUAUAGCAGUCUAAGACUAUAGCAGUCUGAGUCUAAAGCAGUCUAAGCCUAUAGUAGUCUAAGUCUAAAACAGACUGAGCCUUUAGUAGUCUAAGCCUAUAACAGUCUAAGCCUAUAGCAGUCUAAGACUAUAGCAGUCUAAGCCAUAACAGUCUAAGCCUAUAGCAAUCUAAGACUAUAGCAGUCUAAGACUAUAACAGUCUAAGCCUAUAGCAAUCUGAGACUAUAGCAGUCUGAGUCUAUAGCAGUCUAAGCCUAUAGUAGUCCAAGUCUAAAACAGACUGAGCCUGUUGUAGUCUAAGCCUAUAACAGUCUGAGACUAUAGCAGUCUGAGUCUUAAGCAGUCUAUAGCAGCAUAACUAAGAGCUGGUCUAAGCCUGAUCCAGCUCUAACUAUAAGCUUUAUCAAAAAGGAAAGUUUGAAGCCUACUCUAAAAAGUAGAGAGGGUGUCUGCCUCCCAGACCCUGACUGGUAGUUGAUUCCAAAGAAGAUGGGCCUGAUAACUGAAAACUCUACCUCCCAUACUACUUUUAGAGACUUUAGGUACGCAUGUUGGUAGGAUAGUAGCGGAGGAGAUGUCUUUUUAUUUUUUUUACAGUCUAACUUUCAUGUUUGUGUAACUUCUCAGCUGUGAUGGCCGACAGUUUUAGAACAAAGACAAGCUUUAUGUGAUCCUCAUGUUUCAUCGCUCAGUUCAGCAGGCAGCCGGACAUGUUGGACAAAUGAUUGAGUGACAAGAAGAUGAAAUCUGUCAGAGUCAGGUUUGUUGAUGUGCACAGACGCUGAUUUAAUCCUGAUGUUUGGUGCUUAUAAAACAGAGAGAAUAAACUCUUUAGAUAACAUGUUAAUAUGUGACUUAUUGUCUUCCUGUGUGUUAUAGACGAGGAGCAGAUAAGAAGAAGAUAGUCUCACCUUAUCUUUGUUGUUAAACAGGUGUGCACACUAAAGGGAGGUGUGUUGAUGUUUUGGUGAAAGAGAACAGAGAAAGAUUUAAAUAUAAAGAUGAGGUGUAAACAGCUGUUCUCAUUCUGUCAAGCAAUGAAGAUAUGAUUAUGAAAUAUUGAGCAGUAUUUUAUGAGAUAUGUGAACAGAGUCUGGUGUUUACUGAUGUGAAGAUGUGUCUUUGGGUUUUUGAUGCAAGACAAUAAACAGAGAAAAAGGAAGUGGGGAUAAACUGCAGUAAAAUGUGUACAGAUUAUAUCUUUAUUUAUUUGAACUUUUAGCUUAUUGCACUCAGAUUUUCUGACCUUUCUAAUAAAGAGAAGCUUUUCAUA